CUUCUUUUCUCCGUCAACUCAACAUCAUCAAUGUCAUUUUACUAUAAUUUUCUUUCGUGCUUGCGACUUCAACGGAACAGAUCAUCAUCUAAAAUUAUAAAUUCCAACAGUGUCUUCCAUUAAUCGUCUCUAUUUUUUUCCAAUCAAAAUUCUCAACUUUUCCACAACAAGGAAAAAAAUUGAAAAACAAAUUGAAAAAAAUUAAUGAAUAAUUAAUUUACAAAUAGAUGAUGACAAGAAGAAUAACUUUGAGGAAAUAAUGUAUUUUUACUGAUCGAUGUGAAGAAUUUCGUGACGGAGUAGUGACAACAGUAUUGCAGAAUACUUUGAAGCAAACUCAGGUGUUCAUUAACGAAUAACCCGGAGAUAAUUAAGAUUUAAUGUCAUUUUUUCAGCGAUUCUUGGGUGCCAGGCAUUGGCAAUGUAUUCUGUGCUUCUUGGGCAUCACUAUUGCAUAUGUAAACAGAGUUUGCAUGUCCAUAGCCGUUGUGGCUAUCAAGGAGGAGUUGCAAGAAAAAGGAUCGACUCUAGAUGUUGGCCCAAUCCUGAGUUCAUUCUUUUGGGGCUAUACUGUAAUGCAGAUACCAUCUGGCCACUUAGCUAGAAUAUGGAGUGCCAAAAUGGUUUUCGCAAUUGGUGUACUGUUGAAUGGAGUCGGCUGUAUGUUGUGUCCAAUUUUCUUCGACGAAGGUGGCUGGAUAUAUCUAUGCGCAUGCAGAGUUAUCAUGGGACUCAGUCAGGCCUGUUGUCUGCCCUGUAUUCACACAAUACUGUCCAAAUGGGUGCCUCCAACCGAACGUGGACGUCUGUGCACUAUGACCUAUUCAGGAGCACAGUUUGGCACAGUUAUUUCAUACCCCAUAUCUGGAGCCAUGAUUGAUGCCGCUGGAUGGAGAAGUGUUUUCUACUCCUUCGGAGCUGCUGCUGUCAUUUGGUCAUUACUUUUCUACGUGUUCGGGUCCGAUUCACCAGCUGUAUCAACUCAGAAAUCUUUCUGCGGCAUCAGUGAUACCGAGAAAAAGCGCAUCGAGAAUGCCCUCGGGGUUCAUCAGAGUGAAGACACAGUGGAGCGUAGUAAGGUUCCCGAAACACCGUGGGGAGCUAUAUUGACGAGUCUACCAUUUUGGUCACUAGUAGCUGCACAUUGUGGCCAGAAUUGGGGCUUUUGGACGUUAAUAACGGAAACACCUAGUUACAUGAAGGGAGUGCUUAACUUUGACAUCACCGAGAAUGGGCUGAAAUCAGCGCUUCCAUACGUAGCAAUGUUGGUGCUGACAUUCCCAGUCAGUUGGCUGUCAGAUUGGGCCCAGAAAAAGGGAUUAUCGCGUGGUGCAUCACGAAAAAUAUGCAAUACAAUUGGCCACUGGGGCCCAGGGCUUGCACUCGUUGGUCUCUGCUUCGUUUCAUCUGGUGACACAACACUACCCGUUGUACUAUUGGUUAUCGCCGGGGGACUGAACGUCGGGGCAAUUUGCGGAUUCCAAAUUAAUCACAUGGAUCUGAGUCCCAAUUAUGCUGGCUUACUCAUGGCUUUCACGAACUGCGCUGCGGCAGUCGUUGCCCUAUUGGCACCUCUUAUUGUUGGAGAAAUUGUCACGGACGAGAGGAACGCGGACCAGUGGAAGAUUGUUUUCUACCUGUCCGGAGGUAUUUAUUUCCUUGGAAAUUUAAUGUUCAUCGUGUUCGGUAGUGGAGAGACUCAGGGGUGGGAUGACAUUCAAAACACUAAACAAAAGAAUGAUGGAAUGAUUAUCCAUCUUCGAUCGUCAUCAGCUGCUGCCGAAGACACUUUGAUUUUUUAGGAAUUGCUCCUCACGGCGACAAUUAUUUAUUCAAUACCCAGAAGACUUUGUUGUGAAAUUAAAGACCAUUACUGUUGAUGAAAAAUAUUCUGUUAGGAUAUUGUUGAGGAGACACUGUAUAUUUGAAAUAAAUUAUUUUGUGAUAGAAAA